AUGGCCAUGAUUAUCCUAGUCGUUUGUGCUCGCAACGGCCGGUGGAUUCUGGAACAGCCUUCACAGACAUGUCUGGUGGAUCACCCAGUAUUUCAAUGGCUGCUGGAAAGAGUCUUCAAGGGCUUCUUCUACAUGAUUCGCUUUGGUGGCCCUUCGCUGAAGAGGCACAUGCUGCUGUCGAACUGGCAGGACUUUGUUGAAUCCUUGGUGGCUAGAGCCGGGUAUCUGAGUGUGGAAGAGAGAAAGAAGGUCAAGGCAGUGAAACUUGCAGUGCACUCGAAGAGUAGAAGUGGGCGGGCAGUGAAGAAGACCUUCACUGGUUUGCCGAAGAUGCUUAAAGCUUCGCAGUUUCUGGGCCGCAUAUAA